CGAGGCUGUGCUGCUUGUGGCGCCAUUAAUUAUGUAUUUUCGUGAGGUGCCCGAGCUGCAGAAAAGCACCGUCCGCAUCAAGGACCCGGAGCGGGUGGCGGGGAUCAUCCGGGCCAUGAAGGAGCAGGGCACACACAAGCUGCAGGUCAUUUCCGACUUCGACAUGACGCUGAGCAGGUUCGGGUGCAACGGCAGGCGCUGCCCCACGUCACACAAUAUCCUGGAUAACAGCCGUGUUGUCAGUGAGGAGGGCAGGAGGCAGCUGAAGGAUCUGCUGCACUAUUACUAUCCCAUCGAAAUUGAUCCCAAACGGACCCUGGAGGAGAAACGGCCCCUCAUGGUGGAGUGGUGGAGCAAGGCCCAUGAGCUGCUGUCGCAACAGAAGAUCCUGAAGAGCGACAUACCCCAGAUCGUCCGGGAGUCCGACGUGAUGCUGAGGGAUGGAUUCGAUGAAUUAUUCAACCGGCUGCAUAAAUACAACGUCCCCCUGUUCAUCUUCUCUGCUGGUGUGGGUGACAUCCUCGAGGAAAUUAUCCGCCAGGCCAAUGUUUUCCACCCAAAUGUCAAUGUGGUCUCCAACUACAUGGACUUCGAUGACAAUGGAGUGCUCAGGCGUUUCAAGGCGCCCCUCAUCCACACCUACAACAAGAACAACUCCGUGCUGCGGGACACCGAGUACUUCCAGCAGCUGAGCGCGCGGACGAGCAUCAUCUUGCUCGGGGACUCCAUGGGCGACCUGACAAUGGCAGACGGUGUCCCCAGCGUGGAGAACAUCCUCAAGAUCGGCUUUCUCAACGACAAGGUGGAGGAGCAGAGGGAGAGGUACCUGGACGCCUACGACGUGGUGCUGGAGAGCGACGAGACGCUGGACGUGGUCAAUGGGAUCCUCCGCUUCGUCCUCACGGAGACAUGAGCCGGGGGGUCCGACCCGCCGCCCCCCAGCCGGGCGCCGGGGCGUUAACACCUCCCCGAAGCCCGAACGGGACCUGCCCCGCUCCGCUCCGUCCUCCGCACCCCGGCCUGCGUGUCGUGCCCGUCCUGGACGUCGCGCGCGCAGUUUCGGUGGGUGCUGGAGCUGGAGGGGCGGCAUGGGGAGAGCA